UUUUUUCGGUAAACCACUUGCCAGCAGCAGCCAACGGGCAGAAGACGCCGUACAAGCAGCAGAGUCAAGACAGUGCUGCGCUUACCACCCUGUGUUUAUGCGAUUUACUUUAACGUUAACCUCUGCCGCUCUGUAACAAGUCGUCACAUCUAUGUUACCUGACACUAUUUUAUCACCGUGUUAGUUACAGCCGGAGCGCAUGGAGUCCGCGUUCAAAAGGUCGGUGAGGUGUUUAGCGGACAAGAGAUCAUCCAGCUAAUGUUAGCUAGCCGCGGAUUGUACGGUGUGGACCUGAGAGUGGAGAAGCUCGCUGCUGCUGCCCACUCUACUGACGGACAGACGGACGGACACUAACCUAAACAAUGGGCCUCAUAUUCGCCAAACUGUGGAGCUUCUUCUGCAAUCAAGAGCACAAAGUGAUAAUCGUCGGACUAGAUAAUGCAGGGAAAACCACCAUCCUCUACCAGUUUCUGAUGAAUGAGGUUGUCCACACGUCACCCACCAUCGGCAGCAAAGUGGAGGAAAUAGUGGUGAAGAACACUCACUUUCUGAUGUGGGAUAUAGGAGGGCAGGAGUCUCUCAGGUCCUCCUGGAACACCUACUACUCCAAUACAGAGUUCAUCAUCCUGGUGGUGGACAGCACAGACAGAGAGAGGCUGGCCAUCUCUAAAGAGGAGCUCUACAGGAUGUUGGCUCAUGAGGACCUGCGGAAAGCAGCUGUGUUGAUAUUUGCCAAUAAGCAGGAUAUGAAGGACUGUAUGUCUGCAGCGGAGAUCUCCAAAUACCUCACCCUGAGCUCCAUUAAAGACCACCCCUGGCACAUACAGUCCUGCUGUGCACUUACAGGAGAGGGUUUAUGUCAAGGCCUUGAGUGGAUGACCUCCAGAGCUGGACUCAGAUAGCCCGUCCCUCAGCCGUCGAUGGCCUGACUACCUGCACCACCUACCUGGUGGCAACAACAGCUUGUCCUUACUGGCUUAUUGUUACUUUUUAUUUUUUUAAUGACAAACUUGGACUUUGACCUCUGGAGAUGGCACAGGAAGGAGGAGCACCUUCCACAGCUUAACUGUUACAGUGGAAACUGGUAUUCUCCCAGUCAGUAGAAACGUGGCCAGGAGUGAUAAACUGACCUGGUUAUCUGGAACAGGAAGUCACUUUUAAAGUAAAGGAGAAGAGGAUCAUUUCAGUAAGUUACGAGUAUGUUCAAGUGUAAAGCAGGGCUGCACUGGACAUAAUUUACACUACAUAUCAUGUUACACCACACCAUAUCAUAUCAAGAGUAUGCCAUAAACAUCACAGCGGUGCAGCUCUAUUAUUUUUUAUUUUCUUUUUGCCUCUUUGUAAGUUUGUUCAUGUUCAGGAAAAUAAUGGCAGGACAAACAAAGGGAUUACAAGCAGUAUUGUAAAACCAGUUCUGAUGGGGAAAGGUGGCACCAGGGAGUUUCUCAGAAUAAUGUUCUCAUGUUUUAUUUCCGUUAUUGUUUUCAGCACAGCCAAUAAUAUCUGUUACACAUGAUUUCAGUUUCAUAAGCUACACUGUUGGUGGUUAUUUUCACAUUAGAACUUAUUGGUACCGUUAAUGAAAUGUGGUCAAACGUAUAUCUCCCUUCAUUAUAAACUUUGAGCCUGUACUUGUGUCGGCAUGCAAAUAUUUUCUUCAAUCUACACAUUACUUAAGCCGUUUAUUUAAUUUUGCAAAGCAUUAAAUGGCUGAAACAAGUGCAAGUACGUUUAAUUUUAAUAACAGUAUUUUUGAUUUAAACACUACGAUUUGUUAAUGAUGCAUUAUGAUCUUUAUUUAAUUUUAUUCAUUUUAUUUGUGCUUUUAUAGGGAGUGCAGGUGUGCUUGUGGCUUGUUAGCAUCUAGACCUGUUUUGUAUUAACAAAUGAUCAUUGGUGCUCUGCAGGUGUGUGACUGAUCCACUGCAUCCUCAUGUAAACAUUUAAUUUUCUGCAGCCAUUUUGGCGCAUAUUCCACUUUAAACAUUUUGUACUUUAUAAUGAAAGGGAUCACAAUGAGCCACCAUCAAAAGGUGCCACACAGUCAUGGAGAAGUUGUUACUUAUCAACCAUCCUGGACUUUAAGGUUCAGUAGCAGAAAGAUGAUCUUAAUAUUCUGGCCAUCUCAUCAUACAGUUACAAUACUUGAUCCUCAGCCUUAAUCAUGCUGUUGUGUGUUUGAAGGACCAUUUGUGUAUGAAUCUGACAGUCUACCCAUGAUUUUUUUUUUUUACCUGUUUCCCUCUUUCACCUGGUAUAAGAAUCCUUGAACAGAUCUAUGCACGUGUCACUUUGAAACCAUGUCUACCUUUUGCAAGGUCCACAGUGGCCAAAAAGGAGGAGGUGCAUGAGUUUCAUUGAGUCUGAAUUCAAACAGUGAUGAAGUACUGGUGUCCAUCUUGGUCAGGGGGUGCCUCUGGGUCUCUAGAGUCUGUUGUGGGACAAGGUAUUUUUACACUAAGAGGAAAAAGGGUGAACUGUGCAGCCCCCAGACUCCUUGCAGCAUUAAGGUUUACAGCUUUUGCCUUGAUCUCAAAGCAAGAGAACUGAUCUUAUACUGUUGGUGUGGUGAUGUCCGGUCUGGGUCAUGUACUGUAUCAGUUUUAUUUUCAAUAAAAGUUUGUUUUGAACUUUGA